AUGUCUGUCAAAUUAGAUAACUACUACGAUUUAUCUCAAUAUGUUAUAAUCCUUACUGGUGCAACUGAUGGUAUCGGUAAAGAAAUGGCAAGACUUUUAUCCGGAUAUAAUCCAAAACGAUUGAUUUUAACAGCUCGUAAUAAAGUAAAAGGAAAUUCUUUAUUAGAAUAUAUUAAAAUUUCUAAUGGAAAUGCAAAAAAUGUUGAAAUUUGGGAAAUGGAUUUAGCAGAUUUAAAAAGUGUAAAAAAUUUUGCUAAUAAAUUUAUUAAAGAAUUUGGAGAAUUACAUAUGUUAUUAAAUAAUGCAGGUUACGUUGGUGGUACAGAAGUUGUUAAUACAAAAGAUGGAUUGGAACAACAAUUUCAGGUCAAUCAUUUAGCACCAUUUUUACUUACUUUAUUGUUAUUGGAUACGAUGAAAAAAUCCGUUUCGACCAAAUUACCUGGAAAAAUUGCAUUUACUAGUUCAGCAUUACAAUCCACGGGUGAAAUUGAUUUCGAUAAUUUAAAUCUUGAAAAAGGUGCUUACUGGAACCCUUUUAAAGCUUAUGCAAAUACUAAAUUGAUGAAUGUUAUCGUUGCCAAGGAAUUAAGUCGUAUAGUUCUAAACGAAAAUGUUAAAACAUAUUCGCUUCAUCCUGGUGUAAUUAAAUCAAAUAUAAGUAAUACAACAGAUUAUGUCUCAUAUUUUCUACUCUCGGUAAUGUUAUUCUUUGCAAGUCCAACUGAACAAGGUGCAAUCAAUACUCUUUAUCCUGUACUUUCCCCUAAAAAUAAAGAUACAGGAAAAUAUUAUCAUGAAGGUAUUGAAAGGGAACCAAUCGAAGUUGCAAAAGAUCGAGAAGUUACAAAGAAAUUAUGGAAUGUAUCUGAACAAUUAUUAAGAGAACGUGGAAUGAUUUAA